AUGAAAUCCAAGUAUUCUCUUACAAUUUCUCCCGCCAACGUCUCAGUGACCUUGACCUUAAUGAUGAUAUUGACAUUAAGCACCUUAGCGAAGCAAGUUGGCGCAUUCAAAUGUCACGUCUGCUCCACUGAUGCUGGCACAAAUUGCAACGAUUUCUCAACAGUUGAUGGGACGAUGACCGAUUGCGAGACUGAAGAUUCCUGUUUGGUGGUCUUAGACAGUACCGACCAAAAGGUGUUAACAAAAAAUUGCACUGAAAGAAAGUUAACGAAAUCUGAAAAUUUCUGCCAAAGCCAAGACCAAAGCAACAUAAUGCAUUGCUAUUGCUCCGGAGACUUCUGUAACUCUAAAAACUACGAAGACAUGAAAAUUCCACUAAACCUGAUUUUGCCGGCGAAUAAACUGCCAACAUCCAUUCUUCCACACCCAACCAAAACUUCUUCCACCCACAACAACUACACCCAAACUUCCUCCACCCACAACAACUACACCCAAACCUCCUCCACCCACAACAACUACACCCAAACCUCCUCCACCCACAACAACUACACCCAAACCUCCUCCACCCACAACAACUACGCCCAAACCUCCUCCACCCACAACUGA